AUGUCUAAAAAAAGAGAUGUGGAGAGUGGGGAAAGAAUCCUUUACCCUACGAUACUUGAAAACCCUGAAUUAAGAUUGUCCUUCAUUCGUAAGGUUUAUUCCAUCCUCACCUUUCAGUUGCUUCUCACUAUCGUUAUUACCUCCAUCGUUGUAUUUGUUCGUCCCGUUGCAAAUUUCUUCAUUAACACUGCAGAAGGCUAUGCUCUUUAUCAUGUCCUUCGCAUUACACCCUGGAUAACAUUCUAUCCACUAAUCUAUUAUAAUGACAAGCACACUCUCAAUCACUUCCUCCUCUUCCAAUUUUUCACUGUCACCUCAUCUUUUACCAUUGGAUUGACUUGUGCUUUUGUUAGCGGAAAAGUAAUUUUAGAAGCUGUCAUAUUAACUAAUGUGGUUGUGUUGAGUUUGACUCUCUACACGUCUUGGGCUGCAAAAAGAUGUUAUGAUUUCAGCUUUUUAGCUCCAUUCUUGAUUGGAGCUUUGUUAGUUCAUAUCCUCUUUAACCUCAUUAAGGUUUCGUUUCCAUUAGGUAAAUUGUCACAUAUGAUCCAUGGGUGCUUUACAUCUAUUAUAUUUUGUGGUUGUAUCGUGUAUCAUACAUACAACCAUAUCAAGAGGUUCUCAUAUGAUCAAUACAUUUUGGCUUCGGUUUCCUUGUAUCUGGACAUCAUCAACCUCUUCUUAUAUAUGCUUACUAUCUUUAGUGAUGAUGAUUGA